UACCAUUUUUUUUCAAAUGUCUAUAAAAAAAUAAAUGCUUACAAUUUGAAAGAAUUGUCCUUUUAUCAUAUUGUUGUUUAAUUUCUACUGGUGAGAAAAUUGAUUCUGGUGCUGUAGAUCGAGGAGAGAAACGAACAACCAGCCGAGAAAAGGUACUAGACACCGAAAUCGACAAAGAAACUAAAGUUCAACUUUCGAAAGUCAAAAUGCUGGACCUUGAAGAUGUUGUGGUCUCCCAAGGACGGUGUAAGUUACCAGAAGGUUCAUUCAGAAAAACAAAAAAAGGUUAUGAAGAGAUUCAUGUUCCAUCUCUCAACCCAAAACCUUUCGGUGAAAAUGAGAAUCUUAUUCAUAUUGAUCAAUUACCUGCUUAUGCCCAACCAGCUUUCACUGGAUUUAAAACACUUAAUCGAAUUCAAUCAAGAGUCUAUUCCUCUGCCAUGGAACGAGAUGAGAACUUGUUGAUUCGUGCUCCUUCUGGAGCUGGUAAAACAAAUGUCGCUCUUUUGUGUAUGUUAAGAGAGAUUGGUAAACAUGUGAAUCCCGAUGGAACUAUUAACGUAGACGAUUUCAAGUGUAUCUAUGUUGCACCCAUGAGAUCAUUGGUACAAAAGAUGGUUCGAAAUUUCAGUGACCGGUUAAAAUCUUAUGGUAUUAAAGUGGCCGAAUUAACUGGAGAUCAUCAACUGAGUCGUGAACAAAUUAAUGAGACUCAGAUAAUUGUAUGUACACCAGAAAAAUGGGACAUUAUCACGAGAAAAGACGGUGAACGUAGUUUCACACAAAUUGUUCGUCUUAUUAUUUUUGAUGAAGUUCAUUUACUACACGAUGAUCGAGGUCCAAUUAUUGAAACUUUGGUCGCCCGGGUGGUGAGAAAUCAAGAGACCGCUCAAGAUUCAAUCAGAAUUGUGGGCCUAAGUGCUACUCUUCCAAAUUAUGAGGAUGUUGCUGAAUUUCUAGGGGUCAAUCGGAAGACUGGACUUCACUAUUUCGACAACAGUUUCCGUCCUGUUCCACAGGAGCAACAGUUUAUUGGUAUCACUGAAAUGAAGGCAAUACAGAGAUACCAAUUAAUGAACGAAAUCCUUUAUAAAAAGGUGGAAGAACAAGCGGGUAAAAAUCAAGUUCUAAUUUUUGUUCACUCGAGAAAAGAAACUGGUAAAACAGCUCGAUCUUUGAAAGAUAUGUUUUAUGACAAUGAUAAAUUGCACAUGUUUCUCAAAGAAGGAUCAUCUUCUGCGGAAAUCUUACGAAAAGAAGCUGAUGAAGUUAAAGAUCUUGAACUGAAAGACCUCAUGGGUUAUGGUUUCGGCAUCUAUCAUGCUGGUAUGUCUAGAGUUGAACGUACCCUAGUCGAAGAUUUAUUCAGUGAUCGUCAUAUUAAAGUUCUCGUAUCAACAGCAACUCUUGCUUGGGGUGUCAAUCUACCAGCUCACACUGUGAUCAUCAAAGGAACUCAAAUUUACAAUCCUCAUAAAGAAAGAUGGACUGAACUUGGAGCGCUUGAUGUACUUCAGAUGUUCGGUCGAGCCGGUCGACCUCAAUAUGAUUGCAUAGGAGAAGGUAUUCUGAUCACUCAACACAGUAAACUUCAAUACUAUUUGUCUCUUUUAAAUCAACAACUACCAAUUGAAAGUCAAAUGGUUUCAUAAUUACUUGAUCUACUCAACGCCGAGAUCACUUGAGGUAACAUUCAGAGUAUCGAAGAAGCAAACAACAUGAACUGGCUACUCUUAAAGCUCCGAGCAAAAGUAUUGGGAAAAGUUUCUAAAUUACAUUUUUAAUUGUUCUAAAUUAACAAUAUUAGUGUAGAAAUUGAAUCUAAAAGGAAUCGAAAGCUCACUAUUUGAUUAUGUAGGCUAAUUAAUACUGAUUCGAUUGAUGUGUUUUAAAAAAAUUUAGCCUUGUUCAUUCUUGAA